AUAUUCAUCGGGUAUGCCAUUUGGCGAAAGUGAUAGCUCCGACAUUCAAGCAAAUUCAUCUCCUUUUGUGAUCAACCGUCCCGAAGGUCGGGAUAAACAAAAGAAGAAGAAAAGAGGCACUCCAUAUCUGAAGGUUGGGACAAGGGUAUGGCAAGUUUAGUGGAGAAUUCAAACACGCAUGCAAAGUUAGCACUCGCUAGAGAGGAACGAGAGCGUGUGAGAGAAGCAAGAGAGAAUGCAAGGGAAUUAAGAGAGAAUCACAAACACGAGAUGAAGGUAAUGAGUAUGGAUCUUUCUCAAUAUAGUCUUCGAACUAGAGCUUGGUACCAAAUGCAAAAAAGACCAGAUUGUGGCUUCGUAUCAAGGUGCACCAAGUUCAACUCCGCGAGGAUCCACUUAUAGCCCUAACGACGACUCUUAUGCACCCGACCUGUAAUCUGUUACAUUUAUUGUUUUAAGUAGUUUGAUUUAGGAGAAAUGUAUAGCUUUAUUUUGAAUGUAUUGCUUUAACUAAUUUGAUUUAAGGUUAAUGUAUGCUUUCUUUCAAUUGUGAUUCGCCAUUCAGUAAUGCAAGUACUUUUUUUAUUAAAACAUAGGAAGUACAUAACAACUAACUUAACACAUACGUAAAAAAACAUAGAGAACACAACAAUACAUCCAAGGGAAUACAUCAAUAAAACAUAGACAACACAUCCCUAAAAAAUAGGGAAUACAUCAAGAAAACAAUACUACUCUCCUUCAUGUCUUGUUCAUAGAUGCUCAACCAAAUCAUAUAUCUGGACGAUCACGAACCCUAUUAUGUCUUGCCACAUACUCCAUUAGAGUCGGAAUGUUAUGGUCAGGAGGAUCCCAUGUGACAUUUGGAUUAGUCUCGUAUUCAACACUCUCCACAAACCCAUCAAUACUCUCGCUCCGUUGAUCUUCCACUAUCAUAUUGUGGAGAAUAAUGCAAGUUAACAUAAUCUCACCAAGUGUUUGCACAUCCCAUAAACGACUUGCACCUCUAACAAUGGCCCAUCUGUGUUGUAAUAUACCAAAGGCUCUCUCAACAUCCUUACGGUAACCCUCUUGUAACUUUGCAAACAACUUCUUUUUUCUGACUAUUUAGAUUAGUAAUAGUCUUCAUAAAUGUAGCCUAUUCAGGGUAAAUUCCAUCAGCCAAGUAAUAAGAUUGAUCAUACGUCUUACCAUUUACCUCAUAUAUAGUUGAUCUUAGGGAGAUUUCCUCUAACUGCUUGAUCGAAAAGUGGGGAUACUCCGAGAGUGUUGAUGUCAUUGUUUGAUCCAGGUGUCUCGAAAAAGGCAUGCCAAAUCCAUGUGUCAUACGAUGCUACAGCUUCAAGGAUGAUUGUUAGUUUCCCCUUUCUUCCAGUGUAUUGGCCUGCCCAUGCAAUCAAUUGAACCAAUCAUACCUGGAAAACCACGUUGUGCACUAUAAUCAAGAAGGCAGCGAAGAUCUUCCAUUGUUGGUGCACGUAAGUAUUGAUGACCAUAAAUGUUUGUGAUGACAGAGCAAAAUCUCCUCAGGCACUCUAGUGUGGUGCUCUCGCCCAUUCAAAAGGUUUCAUACAAAGAGUGAGUUGAACAUCCAUAUGCAAGCAUUCGAAAAGCACUAGUAAGAUUUUGGUGUGGAGAGAAUGAAUCACGACCUAAAGCAUCUUUUCCCUGCCUGAAGUAGACAUCAUGUUGAAUAACAUCAUUCAUGAUGUGGUUGAAUAAGGCAGGGGGCAUCCGGUACCGCCUUGUGAAUUCCCUAGCGUCGUAGGUUGGGUUCGGAUUGAAAUAAUCUUGCAUCAAUCGCUUGUGAGCGUCUUUCUUGUUACGCCUCACUGUUUUUCUUGAUGAUGACCUAUGACGAGAUGAAGUUGCUUGUUGUUGUCACAUUUGGGUUCAUACAUCGUGAACAUCUCUGUUCUUUCACGCUCAAGCUGACACUCAUACUCCCAUUGACUCUCAUCAGCUUCCCUUUACUCUCAUAAACUUCCCUUUCCCUCCCAUAAUCUUCUGAACCAGAGGAAUCUAUGUAGAAAAAAGAGUUUGUUGUUGCUAGAGAGAUGUAUGAAAGUUGAAUGGGUUUUCAAGUUAGAAGAGUGAAUUGUGGAUGUGUGGAAUGAUCAAGUUUGAGAGUUCAUUUAUAGAAAAACGAAAAGAUUCUUUCUGCAAUAAUGUAGUCAAAGUUGGAUAAAUAGUUGGUGGCACAACUCUGUUUGAUUAAAGCUGAAUGAACAGUUGAUGACACAUCUCAUUCUGAUUGAAGUUGAAUGAACAGUUGAUGGCACAACUCAUUUUUUAUUAAAGCUAAAUGAACAGUUGAUGUUACAACUCAAUCUGAAAAACAUGUGAUAUGAGGCCAUCUGAACCAACUUUAUGUUUUCGUCAUUGAUGACGUCAUAUUUAACGAAUUUUUUUAUGUCCAAAUUAAAAAAUUUGCAUCGAAAUGUUUGUCUUAAUUAAUUAAUACUAUGUAUGUAAAAAUAAUUUACAAAUUAUAUAAGUAAAGUGGUGGAAUCUACAUUAAACUAAAUUAUGAUAAAAUGUGCAACUUGGGGGAUUUAACAUUCUAGUUUUUCCUGUUAGAGCAAAAUCACUUUUUGACGAGCUAGAAUGCUAAUCUACCUCCAAAAUUUAGCAUUUUAGUCCAAUGCAUUGGAAAUGAUCUAAGGAAAUGAAGGUCCAAAUUGUAUCUCCCGUGUCCACUAAUUUGUUUUAAACAUUUGUUUGUUGUUUACACGCAUAAAAGAAAUAAUUCAGUAUAAAAAACACCACAUAAAGUGUAAAAAAAUAGAAAGAAACCAUGGUUGUCACGCCGGCCGGCGUGCCACUGGUUGAACCAGCUGGUUCAACCUGUACCGGUCAUAAAACUGGUAUGACACCACCGGUAUGACCGGCAUGAUCGAUAUACGAAUCUCUAAGUAAAAUGAUCUUAUAUUAGUGAAUUUAUUUGAUAAAAAGUAAUUUAUUAUUUAUUUUAUGUGUUAAAAAGUUAAAUGUUGAUGUUAUUUGUUGGAUUCAAGUACAAAUAUUUAGUUAUUGACGUUAAAUGCCGUGCUUAAAAUAUGAGUAUUUGUAAAUUAUUUGUAAUAUUAACCGGCAUGAACCGGCACAAACCGGUAUGUACCACCGGUCGAACCAUUCCACUUGCUAAACCGGCACACUGGCACAAACCGGUUUGACAACUUGAAAGGAACAAAAAUAUAGGACCGCGGAGUUACUCUUCCAGAUUCCGUCUGUAUCGCUGUAUGUGCAGACUGCAACUUCUUUGAUCAGUUCAGUCCCUAUUUUCUCUCUCCCAUUACUGUCUUCCUCCCAAACCCCCCCGCCCAAUUCCUCAUCCAAAUUCAAAUUCUCCACUUCCAUUUCCUCUCUCUCUCUCUCUCUAUCUCCGAGCUCCAAAUCGACCCGCCUCCGCCAAUGGCCGACUCCGACUCCGCCACCGCCACCGCCCAAUCUCCAUCUCCGCCUCCCGCUCCUCUCGCUCCGAAGAAGGAGAAUCUUACGCCCGUGAGCUCCAAGAUCGCGGAAUUGAACGAAUCGAGGGUUGAGCUCCUUACCAGAAUCCAAGGCUUGAAAAAGGACUUGCAUACUUGGAGAUCCAAGAUAGACACUCAGAUCAAAAUCUACCGUGAGGAAUUAACAGGAGUGAAGAAAUCGUUGAAUGACGAAGUGGAUCAACUUCGAUUGGAGUUUAAAGAACUCAGAACUACACUUCAACAGCAACAAGAUGACAUCUCUUCUAGCAUGAAGAACUUGGGGCCCGUGGAUGGGGAAGCGGAUGAAGCUGACGAGACGAACCACUUGGAGGCAGAUGAGAAACAAGAAGAUCAAGCAAAAGUCUUAUCUGUCAAGGAAGAGCCUACUUCAGCCUAAAACAGCCAUUUGCAUGGGAAAGAAACCUUUUCUUUUCUGAGUCCAUCUAGCUGCAAUGUAUUGAAGUACUCCAAAGAUAAAUGUAAUAGUUUAGUUGUAAAAUCUGCCCAGGAGGAGGCAAAAAGCUUGUAAUACGUCCAUUAUCUGUGAUGUUUUACUUACAUGGAUUGAUGAUGCCUAUAUCCCCUCUCUUGAAGCUAAAUUCUCAAAUUCAGUUGUAGUUAUCCGUUGAACUCGUUUAUUUACUAUAUCAGGAAUGUGAUUGAGUUGACCAUAGGACUAAGAUUUACCACUUUAAGACAAUUCAUCCAGUUUGGGGGGAUUGGUUUGUUUGCUAACGAAUAAGGGAAUUAGCAUCAUACUAAUCGUGAGUUGUAGUACAAUCAUAGUUGUAGUAAUUUUUUUUGCAGUUGUGUUCAUUGUUCUUGUAGUUCCCCACUUUCUCCCCCUUACUAUUAGGCGAUUGAAUUCUUUCUCAACCAUGCCUCUCUAUCUCAUUGGCUCCAAAAGGGACCUUAACUAUUCAAAGGAGACUGCUGAUGACGAUGACGAUGAUCGACCGGUGAAGUAAAUGACCUUCCACCCACCAAAUCCAGUUCAUUCAUUCAUUCAUUCAUGCAACCUCUGGAAUAGAAUGAUGGCGUUGGAAUGACAUUUGGAUCUAUGCCUUAUGUGUGUUAAUGGGUAGUGUAUUGAUGGCUCCCCCAACCCACCCUUGGAUUUUGGGUGCAAGCAGAUGAUGAUAAAUUGAUAAUCCGAUUGAGUUGCUAGAUUUUCCCUAUCAGCGCACUGUUUCAAUUCCGUCCAGUUCUAGAUAGAUUUGAAUGGUUAAGCUAGUAGCUACCACUUAACCAACAUCACCCUGUUUAAAAAAAAUGUCAUUAAUGG